CGAACUGUUAUAACCCUUAUUACAAGGCAGUAAGGUCUAAAUCAACUUACACUAUCAAACAACGUAUUUUUCCACGAAUAACAUUGCAUCUUUAUGCUGAGCAUUCAUUUUUACAGAAUACAGUAGAAUUAUAUUUUUCCAUUAUUCAGUUAGAUUCUGGACGCUCUCACGUCACUGUCGCGUAACACAUACUUACUAUUAAUCUCUGAACUAUUAAAAGGGACAUUGUUGGAAAUCAUACCUAAAAACUUUUGUGUGUGUGGUUUAUUAAAGUGGUUCUACAGAAAAUUGUCUUUUGUUUCUUUUAAAAAAAGGACAGACGGGGUCGGCCUGGUAACAAAUUGGUGUCAGAAGUGGGAUUGCCAGCUACGAAGUCUUACGACGCUAAGUCGAACAGACACUGGCAUCCUAAACCUACAGCCUCCCCGUUAGAUUGAUCGACAGUAAGUCUUGACCCGACGUCAAGCCUGCGUCACUGUUUGGACGACGGUCAGCCUCAGUUCUUCAGCCUGAGCCCGCUCCAGCCACAUCGACACUUGGACGACAGACAGCCUCCACUGUGUAGUGAGAGACUGCUCCAGCCUGCACCGAAGACAAGCAGCUCCAGGUCUAACUCAGCAACCAUCAACCUCGAGAAAUUCUACAGUCAAUCAACCGAGUGACUGCCAAACCUUAUUACGUCAAAGCACCGCGUGACUCCAGACUCCGGGUUCCUACUACGCAGCUGAUCAUGCAGGUGCCAACGGCAGUUAUCGUGUUACUAAUAAUAUGCUGCCACGGCAUUUCAUGCCUCGGCCGCACCGAAUCAAGCAUCGUCCCGAUCUAUCAUAGCCCCGGGAUUUACUUUGAACCUACAACCAAUAUUAACUUCUAUACUGAUCAUUGGAAAGUGAUCACGCAUGUAGAUUUAGUUUCAUUAGAACCUUAUCUUAACAAAAUCGAAUUUCUGUUACAAGAUACUCUGAAAUUGUGCGACAAAAUUGUACCAAAGGAGGAAAGCACAUGUAAGGAUAUGUCUAUCCCUAUUGAAGUUUUAAUACAGUCCAAUUCUAUUAAAUUGCAAUCAUUAUCCCACAUUAUUUCAAAUCAAUCAACAAAUAAAGUUAAGCGAUCUUUAGAAUUUGGAGGCGAAAUCUUAAAGUUCUUUUUCGGCACAUUAGAUGCCGAUGACGCCCGAAAAUAUGACGCUGCAAUAGAGUCAAGCAAAAAGAGUGAAACAGAACUAUUUCAUUUAAUGAGGGAUAAUAUUCACAUUGUCAAGUCCACUAUAAAUAAUUUUAACACUACUAUUUACAAACUUAAUCAAAACGAGAUGAAAUUAAAUGCCCAAAUUAAUAAGAUGAAUGAAAUAUUUUCGCAAAUUACGAAGACGGAUAACUUAUUACUAUACACUUCAAAGUUAAACAACCUUCUUAAUAUUAUCGAAGGUUCUUUACUUUCCAUUUCCAAUUUACUAGAUACUACUCUUAACUCUAUUUUAUUUUCUAAGGUUAAUAUACUACACCCUAGUGUUAUAAGUCCUUUAAAUCUUUAUUUAGAAUUAACUAAGCAUAGUAGUCAAAUAAGCAAAAGGUUAGAUUUCCCAGUUCCCUUAGCGAUUCAAAAUAUUCAUUCUAUAAUUGAUGUUUCGGAAUUUAGUUCUUAUUACUAUAAUAACAAGGUUAUUUUUAUAUUACAAAUCCCUUUAAUAACUCCUGAUAAGUUCAUGGCCUAUAAAAAUAUACCAUUGCAAUGUCGUGAGUUAGGGAGCGCAAUAAUGAGACGUGUUGAUCUUAUGAAUAUCUUUAAUUUACUAAACUUAUACGACUAACUUACACUACUUAUAGGGACGAGGUGUCACACACACUACACCUCCCCCGUUUUUUGGAAAAAAAAAUAUUGAAAUACAUUGUUUUUUGGAAAUUGAAACCUAAGGAAAAAAAACUAAAUAUAUUAACUUAACCGCACUGUUGACAAUUGUUACAAAAUGUUGAAUUCUAUUAUCUAUUUAUCUCUUUUACAUAUUUUAUUUUUCAUAUAAUCAAUUUCAAUUUCAUAUUUAAAUUUUCCGUUAAUAUAAGCCCUCAUUACCUUUAUAACUAGGUACACAUUAAUACAUUUUAUUUAACUUAUUUCACUACCAUUGUCGUAAGGUACAUACAUUAUAUUAUACACAUGUGAGCACAUUACAUUUAUACAGGACUCUCCGGUACCUGCUUUUCAUUUUAUUUAUUUCAUUAUAUUAUUCACCAUUCUUCAUUUCUUCAUUAUACCUAUGUGUGCUCACUUUAUUUAUUUAUUCAUUCUAUAAUUUAGUGUCAAUAUUUAAGGUUUCUAUUGACCUCCAAUAGAUUCUCACAGAGAGAGCUCGUCUACACCAUGAUCGAACUAAGGACAUGACCACUAAACUGUACCUUACCAUGUGUACCUAUUAUAUUUAUUUAUUACUUAUCAUUUAACUAUCACAAACCAACAUAACACAAUCUAAUUGAAUUGCUUGGUUGACAAAAUUAUACGUUGUCCUUAGGUGAUCAGCCUUCAGUCACACGCCAAAACUUGUGUACCAAGUCAUUCCAAAUUAUCUAAAACCAAACUUACAAACUUUUACAAACAAUGAACACAUUCCAAAGCUUUGCUGAUAUCAAAUUUCAUUCAUCUAAUUUAUUAAUUUCAUAAGACAAAACCAAAGUGCAGUUGUUAUUGUUACUCGGUGUCAAGUAACACGAUUCUUCCAAUACAAUCUGACACUCGGUAUGACAUCAUCUACCUAUAUGGGCAUGGGAACAUUCCUUCGAUCCCUAUUAUUGAUGCUAUGCAUACUAUAUAAUUACAAAAUUUUACAUUAUUUCGGCAGAGAAAAAAAAUAUUACUUACAGAAUUUACUAAACAAAAAAAUGAUUGUCAACAGGCGUGAACUAUACUAAAAACUUAAGUACCAUUCUAAAAAAAACAUAGCGCUAAAAUUAUCUAAUUAUAAUAAUCCUUACAUGAAUAUAAUAUUGGGCCCCUAAUAAUAUUUUAAUUUUAUAUUUAUUUACUAAUUAGUGUCCAUAUUCACUCACUUAUCACAUUAUUAUAUAAAAAUAAAA